GUGUGUGCGUGUGAAGAGCAGGUAGCACAAUGCUGUUGCAAAUAAGGAUUUAAAAACCGCCAAGAUGUCAGAUUUAAGAAGUUGGCAAAAAAAACACCAUAAUGAAAUUGUAGUUCCUAAUAUUAUUAUUAUCAAAAACGUAAUUAGAGAUUUUAAUUUCUUGUUGGCUGUAAUUUACUUACUAUUUUUACCAUUAUUAAUAUGUUUGUGAUUUUUCUAUAUAUAAACCAAAACUGUAUCAUUGCAUUUUCAAAUAUGAUGUCGAAAUAUCGAAUGUAAUACCAAUUUAAAAAAAAGGUGCACAAACAUUGAAAGAUUGCACAUAAAAAAGUAUAUUUACUGUAAGCAUGGGUAUUUUUGGUAUUUUUCUUGGAACUUUCCGAGAAGAGUCCCCCUUAUACACAUUUAUUUUUAACAUACAGACAAUUAUACAAAAGAAAAAUAUAAGUCAAUUUAAUACGACACUUAAAAUGUUUCGCUAUUUAAUGUAUGUUUGAAAUAAGUUUAAAUUUGAAAAAAAUUUCGGCGGUAUUUAUAAGAUAGUAAAGAUAUCUUCGACUUCGAAAGACUCCGAUACUUAAUCGGCACUAUCGACUGUGCCUUAUCCGGCCGAUAACAAAACAAAAACAAAAAAAAACAUAAAAACAUAAACAUAAACAAAUACAAGCACAAGGAGCGAGCGAAACGAAACUACGACAUGGGUUUUCCGCGCAUCCUCAGCAAGAACAAUAAGAUCUACACUAAGCUGGGCGAGUUUUGUUUGUCGGGAGAUAGCUUCUGGAUUGUUUGCCACACGUGCCAAGAAGAGCUGCAGACCCAGGAUCAGUUUUGGAAGCACAUACAGGAUGAGCACAACUUCUUGCACGGGGUUACCAAGCAGGAGCACAGUCGGACCUCCAGCUACUGCCUAACGGAUGUGGAAGCUGCGGCGACGGUGGCCACUCCCGGUGGUAGCUCACAACAGGGCGCGACGGCGGUUAAUGUGCCCCUGGCCCUGUAUCAUUGCUCUACCAAGUAUUCUGACGAGGAACAGCGUGAGGUGGAGUUGCAUGAGCAGCAGGUUCAAGUACAGCAGGUGCAACAGCAGGUACAACAGCAGCAGCAUGCACAACAGCAGCAAACGCACCAGCAACACCAAGCUGAACAGCAAGUUCAUGAGCAACUGCAUCAACAGAGGGAUGUGUCCAAGGAGCUGGUCGAACUGCAUGCCAAUGCAGUGGCAGCUGCCGCAGCUGUGGUUUCUACUGGUGAGGAACGCACCCGAAGCAAUAGCGGGGUCGAUAUCAAGAUAGAGCCCGCCAGUCUCUCAUUAACACCCGAAAUGCAGGCUGCUGCAGCGGCUGCCGGGACCAUUUACCAUCUGCCGCAGCUAGUUCCAGCAUCUGUACCGCCUCCGCCGCCCACAUCAGGAUUUGUCAGUGUUAGCGCCAAUACCAGCACCUCCAAUACCGUCAGUAACACGCCGCCUAAUGUGGUCCAGCAGCAACAGCAGCAGCUCAACAUGUCUGUAGUUCCUUCGACGGCAAUGGCUGCCGCUAUUCUGGUCGCCAGUCAAGAGCAGCUGCCUAAGGACUCUAACAGCACGACGGCCAGCGCCGGAAGCGCAGUGUCUUCGGAUGACGGAGAACGCUGGUACGUUUGCGACUACGAGACAUGCGGUCUGAAGUUCAAGUACAAGUCCAGAAUGGAACUGCAUCGGGUCGUGCACAGCAAGGAGCGGAGGUUUAACUGCGAACUCUGCAGUGCCUCCUUUAAGCAGUCGUGCAACUUGUCCACGCACCGGAAGAAAAAACACGCGCUAAGAGGCAUCAAAAGCGAGAUACUGCCGCAGCGCUUUUAAGUUGUAGCUUGUACAGCUCCAGGCUUAGUAUCCUCCAUUUAACACUUGUUUAGCUCACUGUAAAGCGAGACAGUCAGUAGGACUAGAUUCUAAACGGAACCCCUUAUUAGCCCUUUUCCAUAAUUUCAAACUAAGUUUAAAGGUAACUGAAAAACUGAACUGCUACAUGCCACACGAAUAACUAAUCUUUUGAAUUAUUUCGUUUGGCACGGCGAUUACACAGAAUCCCAAUAUUUACAGUCUUACCUAAUUGGCUAUCGCUAUAUUUAAAAUGCUCUUUAUAAGGUUAUAGGGUAGAUAUCCUGUGACCCCAAGAUUCGAAUUUCGGAUGAUUGCUUUUAAAAGGGAUAUUUGAGGUACUUCUCUACAAAUCUAAUUGUAAAUUUAAAACUUUCCCACUGCAACACUUAUAGGAGGCAAGCGUUCUAUAUAUAUUUAUAUAUAUAAAUAUUAUUUGUAUCUAAUGUAGGCUUAGUUCCCCUUGUAAAUGUAAUGUUAAUGUUUUAGCGGGGUUAUGUUAACCUCUCAUUAACUUUUACGCUCUAGAUGUACAUGCAAUAUUUUAUAUACAGGGGGUCUCAAAAAUCUCUAAAGAUUUUUGAAUUGAAAUGCAAACAAAAAUCGGUCGGUGUCUUAGAGCUUGUGGAGUUUUUACUGUUUUACAGAAAAUUUAUUUUGAUUUUUGCCAAUUUUUAGUUGAUGAGAUUUCUACGACACCUCGAUUUGACUGGUCGAAAUUAGGUUAGAGGAGAUUGCUGAGACCCGGAUAGUGGCUAAGACAGUGACCAGUUUAACAGGUUAUUCUUCGUCAGUUGUUCAGUUGUAACAUUCAAUAAAUAUAAAUGUUCUGAGUCUAUAACGGUACCGGUGGUAUAUGUUUCAUAAGAUCAAUCAAUCAAAAGCAACCAACCAGAGCAUUAAAAGCAAACCCAAUUGAAAACGAAAAUACAUAAAGAAUACCUUACAAGA